CUCCUCUCCGUAAGCCUCCUUGUGGGACAGUCUCACUCUCAGUCCGGGUGUUCCCUAGUUGAAGCCCGGGCCGGCCAGCCGAAAUGUCUUCCCUGGGCCUGCGGAUGGAGCACAGCCAGGUGCUCCCGGCCUUUCUGCUCUGCAGCACACUGUUGGUCAUCAAGAUGUACGCGGUGGCGGUCAUCACAGGCCAAGUCAGGCUGCGGAAGAAGGCUUUCGCCAACCCUGAGGAUGCACUGAAGCGUGGAGGCCUGCAGUAUUACAGGAGUGACCCAGAUGUGGAGCGUUGCCUCAGAGCCCACCGCAACGACAUGGAGACAAUCUACCCUUUCCUCUUCCUCGGCUUCGUCUACUCCUUCCUGGGACCCAACCCUCUGAUCGCCUGGAUACAUUUCCUCGUUGUCCUCACAGGCCGUGUGGUACACACCGUGGCCUACCUGGGCAAGCUAAACCCACGCAUUCGCUCCGGGGCCUAUGUCCUGGCCCAGUUCGCCUGUUUCUCCAUGGCCCUGCAGAUCCUCUGGGAAGUGGCCCACCAUCUGUGACCAGCGACUGAAACCUCCUCAGCUACCACAGCGGGGAUGGAGCCAUGAAGGCUGAACCUGAGGACUCGGUGUCCCUUCUAGACUAGGGAUGGGUGCAGGUCCUGGGUUCCUGGCUAACCUCGGUGUGUGGCUCUCUGCACACAGUGUGCACUUGUGUGUCUCCUAGCCUUUCGGGAUCCUGAGUGAAGUGCCUGAUUAGGACCACUUAUGGAUGAGCUGUCGAGAUCGACAGAACUUCCUUGACCUCACAAAAUGCCUUAAACAUCACCCUACACUCCCUCUUACUCAUAAAAGAAAGGGCAGAGGAUUGUCCGACAGAGUCAUCAUUCCAUAUAGGGCUAAAAAUGAAGGCUUCUCAGACCUACCUACAGCCUACCUACAAUUCUGGUCCAGCCAGAGGAGACACCUGGCUGGUGUGUGUCCGAGGACGUCCUCACAAGAGGCCCAGCAGUGGCCAGCUCCCUGUUUUUUCAGUGGUGGGCAGGUCAGAGCCUCCCUGUCCCCUGUUGAUACCUCCCUGUGUCGUUUGAGUGUCUUAGGUAGCACAGGCUCAGGGUAGUGAGAGUGUUCAUAGCUCAGCCUGCUUGUGGGCUACCCAGCCUUGGCUCCUUCAAAGACUGAAAGUUAAGGAUGGCUUUGACCAGCUGCUGAAAAGGAACUUUGGGCUUCUUCAGUAUCUGCGAGGUUUGAAGAUGCCAAAUGUCUACUCCUGUGGAAAAUCUCACUUGUGUAUGUGUGGUGUCCCUCCAGGGUCCUGCCCAGGUUUAGUCAUUAAACAGCAGAGUGUGACCUGUGAAUGUUCGGUGUCUAAGUCCCAUGCUGUCCCAGCUGGCCUGGUGCCUACUGGGAAUUUCCAGGUUCUGAUGUGCAUGUGUUUACCUUUUGUGAGACAAGAUCUCCCUUAGCCCAAGUUGGCCUCAAGGUUACCAUGUAGUCUGGACAACCUUGAGCUAACAGCCUACCUGUCCUAAGUGCUGAGAUUACAGGCCUGCACCACCACAGUGCCAAGCCAGCGCAGGCGACUUCUUUGUAGAAAUCACACUCCGCCAGGCUGCUCCAGAGAAGUCCUUCUUCAGCAAGGAGCUCCCUGACAAGAUGAUGUUUGGCUUGGGAUCCACGGGUGUCCAAAUCCUGCCUGCCAAGUGGUGACUCUUCCUGCAGCUCUGUCACCUAGGAGGAGGCUGGCUUUCUGCUCUACAGAGAUGUGACCACCUGCAGGUACAGGGUCUGCUCCAGAACCUGGUGUGCCAGGUUCCUAGGCUUUCCAGCCAAGGCCUAGCCACACUACCUCUCCUCCCUGCAGGGCAAGCCCUGUGCCCCAGACCUGCUCCUUGGGCUUGGGGAGGGGUUUUUGCUGGAAAGCCCCCUCCCCCUUCCCCCCUUUCCCCCCAGGCUUCAGCCUCUCAAAGUCGGGGAUGGUGUACAGGAAGUGAACAGCACUGCCCUCUGGUGGUGAGAUGAAACCUUUGCUCUUGAAGUGCCCAUCUGAGAGAACAAAAACUGUAGAUGGGGGGGGGGGGGGGCCCUCUUGAGUGUCAUCUGUCACUGAACAUUAGGCUGGAAGUGACCUUCAUCUGUCAUUGCCCCCUCCCAAUGCCCCAAUUAAUACUUAAAAUAAUUUUAAGAAGGAGGCAUUUCUGCAUUUUAGAUAUGACCAGGCGAAUUCAGGUGAAAGUUUUUUUUUUUCAGCAUUUUAAUUUUAUAUAGAUGGGUGUUCUGUAUAAAUGUAUGUCUGUAUCAUAUGUGUACCUGGUGCCCAUGGAGGCCAGAAGAGGGUGUUGGAUCUGGAGUUACAGUUGUGAGUCACUGUGUCAGUGCUGGGACUUGAACCUAUGUUCUUUGAAGAGCGGCCAGUGCUCUUAACCACCGAGCCAUCUUUCCAGAUCCAUUUUAGCUUUCUAGAUGAGAGAUUCAGGGGUCCAAGAAGACUUGACCUGAAUUCCCGGGCUAGGACAAUUGAAACUUUGCAAGGUGGGGCCCAGGAAAGAUAGGGGUUGAGAGGUCCAGGCAGGGCAGAUGAAUAUUGAUCUAUUUCAGUGUUUUCCUCUCAGGAAGGUGGAAUUGUGAGAGCCAGGUAUUCUAGUAAGAACCUGCCAGUUGCCUGGUGCAGAACGCAUAUCACCCACAAUGUCUGCCUGCUGUGGGGCCUGCAAGAUGGAGGCCAGGGUCUGCUGUUUUGUUGUUCUUGCCUGUUCCCUGGCACUGCAGUGGGAAAGGCAGCAAGCAAGGGACAGUGACAGCCUCAUGUGGAGUAAGAAGGUCCUCUGAUCCCUGCUGGGCUGUCCAAUGGAGGGGGGGGGGGUGUCACUCUGAUGCUGACCAGGAAGUGUAAAGAGAUUCAAGUGUGCACACCUUUAAUCCAGCAUCCAUGGGAGAUGACAGGCAGAAGAAUGUCCGAGUUGGAAGCCAGCCUGGUCUACACAGUGAGUCCUUGUCUCAAAAACAAAGAAGUUAGCACAGGUAUGUCAUGGUAUGAAGUUAGAAUUUGAGGAGUGUGAAGUUGGGACCAUUAAGGUGGUCAGGAGUUCCCUUGCUGUGUUCAAAGUCGGAGAGAGGUGGGGACAGCGGUUGGGAGGUGGGGACAGUGGUUGGGCAGCUGGCAGGAACAGAGACAGGACCUAAUGGCCUAUUCUGGUCCAGCCCUCAUGGUAGGGGAUGCAGGGAGUGAUCUCCUGGCUGCAAAUCUGGGCUCAAGACAGGUGGUCCAGCCCACAGCACAGGGCAGAGCAUUGUCCAGGGAGGCAGCUUGGUGGUACCAUGUGCCGAUCCAGCUGGAGGCUGCAACACACAGCGCCUGUAGCCUCAAGCCCUGCUUCCACACCAGUAUCUCUCACUUCCUUAUUUUCUGACCUGGUCUCUUGUCUGAGAUCAUUUGUGGUGGUUUGAAUAGGAAUGACCCCCCCAGUUGACUCAUGUUUGAAUGCUUACCCCAGAAGGAGAUGCAUUAUUAAGAGGCGUGGCCCUGUUGGAGGAGGUGUGUCACUGUCAAGGUGGACUUUGGGGUCUCAUAUGCUCAAGAGAGCCUAGUGGGUAGUCUCCUGCUGCCUUCAGAUCAAGAUGUAGAACUCUGAGCUCCUUCUCUAGCACCAUGUCUGCCUUCAGGCCAUGCUUCCCACCAUGAUGAGAAUGGACUGAACCUCUGAACCUGUAAGCCAGCCCCAAUUAAACACUUUCCUUUGUAA